AUGGUAGAGUAUCUGAGGGAUAAUCCAGAGAAGGUGAUUGAGGAAGUGGAUAGGACCAGGGGUGCUCAUGCUAGAUUUGAGUUCCUGAGCAACAUCUAUGUGACUGAGAUCCAGAGAGCAGAGCAGGCUGAUGGUGAUGCUAAGCAGGCUUGGAUCCUCCAACACUUCCCGCACAUCGCUGGAUGGGCGAGUAUGCCUGAGUACACUAAGAUUAUGUCGCGCGUUAGUGUUUUUAUCCCGCUCAGAGGGAACCAGGCGAUUGAUCCUUUCAGAGUCUAUCUUGACCAUUUGGUUGUUGAGGACGUGCACUUCAACAACUACGUUGAUCACCGCCAAACGGGGUCAUUUGAUGAGAUAAUAUUAUACUCUGGAUGGUUGCUCUGCGGAUCGCGUUUCACUGCUCCUCAUCUGCCCGAGCGUGUCAUGUGGCAAUUCGGCUACAAGGAGGCACGAGAUACCAUAGCUGAGAACGACUGGAGCUACGUCGAAGGGUACACCAAAUGGUUCUUCAAGGUAUCACAUCCAUACAUGGUGCAUGCUGCUCUAGAAGAUCCGUCGAGACCAGCUUAUCAGGAGAUACUAGAGAAUGAGUAG